AUGGCUAGGUGUUAUCACGAUCAACAAGACUUUAUAUCUGAUCUUAAAAUAGAAGUAGCGAGAGAAGGUGAUAUAUUAGAGAAUGGUCAAGAUUUAGAUGAGAUUGAGUGUAAAAAGAAUCCUGGACAUCGAGAUUUCAUUCCCUUUAAAGAUCUAACUUUAGAACAUUUACCUAAUGAACACAGAAAUAAAGAAAUAUUCGAUAAGAUUAAACAUAUUGGUAGCCUUGUUGCCAGACUAGUGUGGUAUAAGACAGUAAAUGGGGAACAGAAACCGUAUAAAUUAGGUUCGGGGUCUGUGGUUAAGGUUUCUAAUGAAUAUUAUAUAAAGACAAAUAAUCAUGUUGUUAAAACAGAGGAUGAUGUGAAAGAUUGUACUGUCGAGUUUCAUUACGAUGAUGAUAAAGAUAAGACCAGUGUAUUGACUAGUACAGGAGAGAAACUUGUAUAUACGUGUCCUUUUAGAGAUGUCACGUUCUUCCAGUUCGAUCCUAUACAUGAUUUCGUGUAUAGCCAACUAGACAAAAUGGAUGAAAUUCUGCCAAAUAUUGUUAAAAUGUAUAAAGACAAUCAAAUUGUAAUUGACAUAGCAACCCCAACUUUGAUUGCAUUUGAAAUUAUGUUUGAGUCUUUUGAAAACCUAAACGAUUCACUUAUUUGCUUGAUGUUUAUUUCAUGGCCUAAUGGUUCUAUCAGUUACUUAAAAAGCUCUUAUUUUAAAUUUCAACCCAUUCCUUCCAAUAUACAGAAGAUGACUUCUAUAUCUGUACGUAUAGAUGAAGCUGAUGGUAAUAGUAGAGUGAUACCAGGUGAUGUGGUAAAAUUUGAUGAUGAAUAUGUUGUUAAAAUACCAGAAUCUAUCUUCCAAGAUGAAGUUAAGAAAUGUAGACUAGUGUGGAAUGGUAAAGUUAUUGGUUGUGGUACUAGAUUGUAUUUUAAACAAUGUACCUUGAAGGAGAUUUUUAGUAAAAUAAGUGGGGUUGAUUUGUUUAUCAAACAGUUACCUGGCAGCGUCUGCUUAUUCGAUUUUCACCCUAAACCAGAAAAUUUAAUAACCACGUUGACAGAACGGUCAUUAAAAAUGUGUUGUGUAGGUCAUCCUCAUGGUGCUAUUAAGAUGGUAACUUUCGGACGAGAUUUGGGAAAUUCACAAGAAAGGUUUGAUAUUCACGGUCGACGUAUUGCCCAAGCAAGACAAGACUGUCGGUGUAAAGAAGUUAGCUGUUUGAAAUAUUCAUGUAAAACGUGUCCUGGUUCCAGUGGAUCUCCAGUAUUUACAUUGUAUAGAUUUAAAGACCAGAGUUAUUGUGCUAGUCAUUUUAUGGGGGAAAAAGUAAACAGGCUUUCAUCAGAUGGAGAAAAGAUAGAAAAUCAAAACAUUGCCUGGUCUCCUAUAACUUACAAUUUUUAA